GCGACGGUUGGGGAGGGUUCUUCCGGAAGGUUCGGGAGGCUUCUGGAAAAAGCUCCCGCGCGCUGGGCGGGCCCGCCUCUAUAAAAGGCAGGCGCGGGGGGCGGCGCGCCAGUUGCUUCAGUGUGGUGGUGCGGCGAGUCACGUCCCGUGCGUGGUCACUCAGCGAAGAUGCCUGAGGAAACCCAGACCCAAGACCAACCAAUGGAGGAGGAAGAGGUCGAGACCUUUGCCUUUCAGGCAGAAAUUGCCCAGUUGAUGUCCUUGAUCAUCAACACUUUCUAUUCAAACAAAGAGAUAUUUCUGAGGGAGCUCAUUUCAAAUUCAUCAGAUGCUCUGGACAAGAUCAGAUACGAGAGCCUGACAGACCCCAGUAAGCUAGACUCUGGGAAGGAGCUGCACAUUAAUCUUAUUCCCAACAAACAAGAUCGAACCCUUACCAUCGUCGAUACUGGAAUUGGAAUGACCAAGGCUGACUUGAUCAAUAACCUUGGUACCAUUGCCAAGUCUGGCACCAAGGCCUUCAUGGAGGCUCUGCAGGCUGGUGCAGAUAUCUCCAUGAUUGGCCAGUUUGGUGUUGGCUUUUACUCUGCGUAUUUGGUUGCUGAGAAAGUGACUGUGAUCACCAAACACAAUGACGAUGAGCAGUAUGCGUGGGAGUCCUCAGCCGGGGGCUCGUUCACAGUGAGGACCGACACGGGUGAACCAAUGGGUCGUGGAACAAAGGUUAUCUUACACCUGAAAGAAGACCAAACGGAGUAUUUGGAGGAAAGGAGAAUAAAGGAGAUUGUGAAGAAACAUUCUCAGUUUAUCGGCUAUCCCAUUACUCUCUUCGUGGAGAAGGAACGCGAUAAGGAAGUCAGUGAUGAUGAAGCUGAAGAAAAAGAAGAUAAAGAGGAAGAAAAGGAAAAGGAAGAAAAGGAGUCUGAUGACAAGCCAGAAAUAGAAGAUGUCGGUUCUGAUGAGGAAGAAGAAGAAAAGAAGGAUGGUGACAAGAAGAAAAAGAAGAAGAUAAAGGAAAAGUACAUUGACCAAGAAGAACUCAACAAAACAAAGCCUAUUUGGACCAGAAAUCCUGAUGACAUUACUAAUGAAGAAUAUGGAGAGUUCUACAAGAGCUUAACCAACGAUUGGGAAGAACAUUUGGCGGUAAAGCAUUUUUCUGUUGAAGGACAAUUGGAAUUCCGGGCCCUUCUCUUUGUCCCAAGACGUGCUCCUUUUGAUCUGUUUGAAAACCGAAAGAAAAAAAACAACAUCAAAUUGUAUGUGCGAAGAGUUUUCAUUAUGGAUAACUGUGAGGAGUUAAUCCCUGAGUAUCUGAAUUUCAUUAGAGGAGUGGUGGAUUCUGAGGAUCUUCCAUUAAAUAUCUCCCGUGAAAUGUUGCAGCAAAGCAAAAUUUUGAAAGUUAUCAGAAAGAAUUUGGUCAAGAAAUGCUUAGAACUAUUUACUGAACUGGCUGAAGACAAAGAGAACUACAAAAAGUUUUAUGAGCAGUUCUCAAAAAAUAUAAAGCUUGGAAUUCAUGAAGACUCUCAGAAUCGGAAGAAGCUUUCAGAGCUGCUGCGAUACUACACAUCUGCCUCUGGAGAUGAGAUGGUUUCUCUCAAGGACUACUGCACCAGGAUGAAGGAAAACCAGAAGCACAUCUACUUCAUCACAGGUGAGACCAAGGACCAAGUUGCUAACUCUGCCUUUGUGGAGCGUCUCCGAAAGCAUGGCUUAGAAGUGAUCUAUAUGAUUGAGCCCAUUGAUGAGUACUGUGUACAACAGCUGAAGGAGUUUGAAGGCAAGACCUUGGUGUCUGUUACCAAAGAAGGGCUGGAACUUCCAGAAGAUGAAGAGGAGAAAAAGAAACAGGAAGAGAAGAAGACAAAAUUUGAAAACCUCUGCAAAAUUAUGAAAGAUAUCUUGGAGAAAAAAGUUGAGAAGGUGGUUGUAUCAAACCGAUUGGUGACGUCUCCAUGCUGUAUUGUCACAAGCACUUAUGGGUGGACAGCAAACAUGGAGAGAAUCAUGAAAGCUCAAGCCCUCAGAGACAACUCAACAAUGGGUUACAUGGCAGCAAAGAAACACCUGGAGAUAAACCCUGACCACUCCAUCAUUGAAACCCUACGGCAAAAGGCAGAGGCUGACAAGAAUGACAAGUCUGUGAAGGAUCUGGUGAUCUUGCUGUAUGAAACUGCACUCCUGUCUUCUGGCUUCAGUCUGGAAGAUCCCCAGACACAUGCAAACAGGAUCUACAGGAUGAUCAAGCUUGGUCUAGGUAUUGAUGAAGAUGACCCUACUGUGGAUGAUACCAGUGCUGCUGUUUCUGAAGAAAUGCCACCCCUGGAAGGAGAUGACGACACAUCACGCAUGGAAGAAGUAGACUAAGCUUCACCCAGAGCUAUAUGUUUGAUGCUUACUUUCAUUCCUUCUGAUAAUAUAUUUUCGAGGAUUUUUGUUUAUUUUUGUUAACAUUUAAAACAUCUGUGUGGCAUGAAAACUAAUGGGAAGAUAAAAUUUCUACUUGUGAUACUGUGAUACUUAUAGGUUUGGUUCAACAGAUUGGUAGAACAUUUGUUGUAAGACAUAACCUAUUAACUUUGUGGUCUGAAGUAUUUAGCUGUUGAGCUGGAUUCCUUAGUAGACCAAAUAAUUUGUCACUUGGAAGUACUCUAAGAUAGCUUCAUGUUUAAAAAGAAAAAAAUUAAGAUGGAUAAAGUUUCAUCUUAAAAUUUUUCAUUCCUUGUAGUUAAUUCUGCAUGUACUAGUCUUAGAAGUAAAUAUAUAAGCUAAAACAACUGAGGAAUUUCCCAUGUGGCUUGUUUUCAGAGUACUGAGAACAAAACCCUGAGCUUCCCUAGGUCUUGUAACUCAGCAAGGCUUGUGAAUGGAAAUAUAGUGCCCAAUCACAUUCUGCUUUAAAAGGUAAAUACAGAUGCGAUAAAACGUGUAAAA